UUGCCGUCCUUGCACCAUGGCGGCCGCCGCUCUUGCGGCGUGGCUGGCUCUACAGCCGGGGGCCAGAAGUUUGCGUGCAUUCUCUAUCGCCACGUCCCCACAGGUUCCGAGAUUUAAUCCGCAAAGAACAUCCAAAACUGAACGGCCGCCGAAAAGAAAGGCACUGCCUCCAAGGACAGAGAAAAUGUCUGUUGACCAGGACUGGCCUAGCGUUUACCCUGUUGCAGCGCCAUUUAAACCCUCUACAGUACCUCUUCCUGUCAGAAUGGGGUAUCCAGUAAAAAAGGGCAUGCCCAUGGCCAAGGAGGGCAAUCUAGAACUUUUAAAGAUCCCUAAUUUUCUGCAUUUGACUCCUGUAGCAAUUAAAAAGCAUUGUGAAGCUCUUAAAAGUUUUUGCACUGAGUGGCCAGCUACACUGGACAGUGAUGAGAAAUGUGAAAAGCAUUUUCCAAUUGAAAUUGACACUGCUGAUUAUGUUUCAUCAGGACCAUCUGUUCGAAACCCCAAAGCACGAGUAGUAACCUUAAGGGUUAAACUUUCCAGUUUGAACUUAGAUGACCAUGCAAGGAAGAAACUUAUUAAGCUUGUCGGAGAGCGAUACUGCAAGACCACAGAUGUGCUUACCAUCAAAACAGACAGGUGCCCUUUAAAGAGACAGAAUUAUGAUUAUGCAAUGUAUCUACUAACAGUUUUAUAUCAUGAGUCUUGGAAAACUGAAGAAUGGGAAAAAAAUAAGACUGAAGCAGACAUGGAAGAGUAUGUUUGGAAAAACAGCUCCUCAGAAAAAAAUAUCCUGGAAACACUUCUCCAGAUUAAAGCUGCUGAUAAGAAUACAGAAGUAAAUAAAGAAGAGCUCCUUAGUACUAAAGAAGUUGAAGAUUAUAAAAACUGUGUUGUUAGUCUUAAGAACGAGGGGGACAAUGAAAAUUCCCUUUCUCAGUACAAAGAAUCAGUGAAGAGACUAUUAAAUCUGACAUGAAUUACGAAGUAGAAAAA